UGUCCCACCUCCAGCGGCCAGGAGAAUGCGGAAGCGUGAACCGGAAGUGUGUCAAGAGUCGGUACAUAGGAAAAAGUUAAUGUGGGCAGAUCAGAUUCGCUGAUGAUCAUCCCCACGAGAGCUUCUUAGAAUUACCAGAAUAAUGCCUAACGCCAACACCGCGUCCUAAAGCGAUAAAAAUCCAGAAAAGAUACGCAUAAAGGGGGGAUAUUUAUCCAUAAAACUGUAGGGAUUAAAAAUAGACGCGGAGACUGCAUUAGAGAACCUGUACUAUUUUUGGCAUAACUGCACCUUUCCAGAGGAAAACGAACUAUCAAGAUGGCUGACUCUAGCACUGGCAAGCCUAUUGUGGUCACUUCCUCCAUCUCCCUCAAAGUGACCGCUCCUUCUUUCUACAACCAACCCAAAAAGUUUGCGUCUGUCGCUCCGCCACGCCCCAAAGGACAGAUGGCCCCAUCACAGCCCUCGUCAUUUGUAAGCACUGGUGUUAUUGGACGAGUUGGAGAGAUGCCCCCUCUCCCUUCAACUCUUUGUGAGGACUUCCCACCCCCUCCUCCUCCUCCACUGGAUGAUGCAGAGCUUCCAGCCCCUCCUCCAGAAUGCCAGAUCACACCCCCUGCAUCUGAUGCCCCUCCUCCUGCAUUCCCAGCCCCGCCCCCUGCUGCAGAAGACCUGAACCUCCCUGCACCUCCCGAGGAAUUAACCUCCGCACCUUCUGCCUCCUUCCCCCCACCCCCACCACCACCUCCUCCUCUCCCUGAGACCGGUGCAGGUGUCAGCUCUCAGAGGGUGUUUGAGAAACAGACCAGUUUUGACAGGCAGUUGGGCUCUUUGACCGAUAUGUUAUCAGAAAUGGAGACGAGUGGACCUUUCAAUCCGAAGUUGCCAAGCCAGUUUUCAGCAGCACCAGCGCCAAAGCCUGCAGCACCACCACCGACCGCUCCUAAGCCUGCCCUUUCCUUUCUGCCCCCUCCUGAGCUGCCGGAUCGUCCUCCCCCAGCCCCUUGGGCUGAGGAGCUACGUGCCCGAACACGACCGGCCAAUCAGACCACAAUAUCUGCCCCCGCACCUGCACAGUCAUUUCCUAAAGGCCCAGCUGUGGCUCCAAAGACCAACUUCCCUCCUAGUCAACUGAAUUCAAAUUUUGGAUCCAAAACAGUUAGUCCUGCACCUACUGGAGGAGCAAGAGGGUUUAACCAUGCCGUUAAAACCCCCGCCCAAAGCUCUUUCCCACCACCUCCACCUGCCGCCCCUCCUGCCCCUGUUCCUCCACCAGCGAAUAUUUCCACCCCUGCACCUACAUUCAGUCACUCUGAAACAUCUCCCAUUGGCAGUCAGCAAAGCCUUGCUCCGCCUUCUCCUGCUGCACCCAAGACAUCACUCGUCUCGUCAUUCAACAGAUCAGCAGGAAACACUGUUCCACCGAAGGUGUCUGGUUCAGGUUCAGGUCCUGGUGGAGCUCCUCUCACUAUGAGGGAAGUAGAAGGGCUGGAGAAAAUGACUAAGGACUUUAUCAAAGACAUGGACAAACAUCCUCCUGUGAUCCCCUCUCCAGCUACAGAGGUGUGUGGUAAAUGUGGAGAGGCUCUGUCUAGAUCUCAGCCAGCAGUAAGAGCGAUGGAUAAACUCUUCCACUCCCAUUGUUUCUGCUGCAUGACCUGCUGGCGCCCCCUACAGGGCAUGCAGUUCUACGACCAUGAAGGAACGCCUCAGUGUGAGGACUGCUACAUGAAUUCUCUGUCUGUGUGUUCUCGCUGUGGGGAGCGGAUCAAAGAUCGUGUCCUGAAAGCGGUGGGCCAGUGUUUCCAUGCCCACUGUUUCCUCUGCACUACCUGCGGCUGCACCCUGGAGGGCGCUCCAUUCAUCACCGAUGACAAUAACAACCCCUACUGUGUCAAAGAUUACCAUCUGUGAGCCAUCACCAAAUCACAGACCAGUCACAGCUCUCAGUUAUACACUAGAGCAAUUGAACUAAUUAUCACAUUUAACCAGUCAUCAAAGUUAUGAACAAAUCAGUGAGAUUUUAUAUGGGUUGUUCUUCAGCUAUUGGGCCUAUAAAAUGACACUUCCUUAAAACACAAG